AUGGCCGGGAACCGCCCACAGAACCGGCGCUCGCCACUAUCACGGAAGGGAGCUCGGACACCGAGACGGAGAGCAUGUGACUCCUGCUUCAAGAAGAAGAUCCAGUGCGAUGCAGAGUUCCCGCAGUGCAAUUGGUGCAAGCAUCAUAAUCUCGCCUGUACAUUCAAUCGAAUCCGGGGACAAGUCGACACAGGGAACCGCGUGGCUUUACCAGCACCCAACGCGAGUGGGGAGUUGAGCGCUAGUAUAUGGCACCGUGCGCAGAAUCUACUUGGAGACCCAUCACUCCGAACGCCUGACUCGACAUGGCCUUUGAGACCAGCAAAUACAUUCCUGAACAACGUCACUUAUCUCAGAGGACACCAUGUAUUCUCGGACGAAGGUCAGAGAUGGAUUGAGUCUCAGGUCGGGGAAAGCAUUAACUUUGACAAGCUAUUCUCUCUGGAGCUCCAUUGGCUGAAACCGCUCCGUUCGUAUACGGAUCCCGGGCGGUUCCCCCUUCCCCGUCCAGAGCUGCCCAGUAGAGUCAACGUGGAAAGAUACGUUCAGAUCUAUGUCUCAUCUUCUCAGAGCCUUGUCUUCCCUGUCAUUAGCCGGUCGUUAUUCGGGAAAACAAUGGACCUCGCUUACAGUGCUGUGUGUUCCGCCGGUUCCGCGAGCGCCAAAUCGUGCGUGUAUGCCUUUCUCUCGCUUGUAUCCCUGUUUGGCCUCGAUGACAACAUCCACGGCGCCAUGGACUGUCAGUCCUAUGCCUCGGCGGCGCAAAGCUUUGUGACCCCGGUAAUUGAGGAGAUGACAGUCGACGGUCUCCAGUCAUUGAUCAUGCUGGUGCGUACGAUCCCUUCCCCCCCUCCCAGGGGACCCUUCACCAAUGGCCUUCUUUGGGCGCCUAAUUGA